AUGGGUCGCAAGGCCGAGGUGCAGAGGAUGAUGCUCGAGAAGCUCAUGGGUCCCGAGGCGAUGGGAACACCGACGGCCAACUUGCACUUUACCGAUCCCAAGGUUUGCCGCAACUUCCUCUGCGGCACCUGUCCACACGACCUCUUUGCCAACACAAAAGUGGACCUUGGCGCGUGUCCGAAGGCGCAUACGCCCAAGUACAAGGACGAAUACCGCAAGGCGUUGGCUGCGGGACAGCGCUUCCCCGAAUUCGAGCGCGAGCACGAGCACAACAUCAUGGCGUUCAUCAACGACAUUGACCGCAAGAUCAACACGAACAAGCGGCGGCUGGAGCAGACGCCCGAGGAGCUCGCGCGGUUCGCCAACAUGAACCGCGAGAUCGCCGAGAUCGAGACGGCGCUGGCGGCGGUGAUGGCCGAGGUGGAGGCGCUGGGAGAGCAGGGCCAGAUCGAGGAGUCGCUCGCCGAGCUUGCCAAGGCGGAUGCGCUCAAGGAGGAGAAGGCGCAGAAGGAGGAGGAGCUGCACAAGGCGCAGGAGAACUCGGGUGCCAGUGGACACCAGAAGCUGCGUGUCUGCGACGUCUGCGGUGCCUACCUCAGUAUCUUGGACUCGGACCGCCGAUUGGCCGACCACUUUGGUGGCAAGAUGCACCUGGGCUACCUGCGCCUCAGGGAGAUGAUCAGCGAGUUUGACGAGAGGAGACGCCACCCGAAUCCACCGCCCAUGGGUAUGCCUGCGGCACCACCAGCCACGUCAUCGUCGAACGGACACGCGACAUUACCCCGCCCAUCCUUGUCGGCAGCAGCAGGGUCUUCGGCACAUCGCAAUGGCGCGAGUGCAAGCGACCGCGAACGCGAGCGCGACUUUGAGCGCGAGCGCGAACGGCGCGACCGAGAACGCAAAGAGAGCCGCGAGCAGCGCACGGGGAGCCAAGCCGACGACGCGGCGAAGCGAGGCGGCGAAGAAGGCGAGCUGGGCGAGGAGGAGGGAGAGAUGGUCGAGGAUGGCCCCUCAAGAGCGCAGCCCAAGGACGAAGAUCGCAAGCGCAGUCGUUCGCCCUCGCAAAGGCUCGACUGUCGAGACACAGGCGAGCAAGAGCGAGCUGAUGGACUUCCGCGUCCCGAAAAGGCGCCCGACUCCACUUGGGAGGCUGCUCCAAAUUUCGAGAAGGUUGGGAGGGCCGAGUUUGGAGCCUGCCAACCUCGCUCGUUGACCACCAUCUACCGCCGUCGUCGUCGGGGUGAUCUGGCACAGCCUGCAAGCAGAAUGUCGUACUUUUUGCCGCAUCUGCCCACGGGGUGGCAUGUGGACCAGGCAAUUCUGUCCGAAGAAGACCGUGUGGUCAUCAUCCGCUUCGGGCACGACACAGAUCCGGUCUGCAUGGAGAUGGACGAGACGCUGUACAAGAUCUCGACGGCGGUGCAAAAGUUUGCGGUGAUCUAUCUGGUGGAUACGACGCAGGUGCCCGACUUUAACAAGAUGUACGAGCUCUACGACGCAUGCUCCGUCAUGUUCUUCUAUCGCAACAAGCACAUCAUGAUCGAUCUCGGCACGGGUAACAACAACAAGAUUAACUGGGCGAUCACGGAGCGACAGGAGCUAAUCGAUAUCGUCGAGGUGGUGUAUCGAGGCGCCAGCAAGGGCCGAGGUCUGGUCAUCAGUCCCAAAGAAGCAGCACUCAAGUUCAGGUGCAAGAACAUUGGCUUGGUCUUGAUCAUGUAUACCCUCCAAGCUCGCACUUCCAAGCUCGCACCUCCGAGCGAGUGGUUCGACAACUGCGACGCAACGAUGGUCAAGGUCAAGCUGAGGGUGCCGCUCUCGUCGGCGCCGCGCGAGACGUCGUCGCCACUCGCCAAUCCGCUGCGCAGUGCACCCGACUACUCGGACGAUGAAGACAACGACACCAGCCCGCGCCCCGGUAACAAUGGUCACGAUGACGAAGGCGGCGACGAUGACGACGACCAGGUGGACGAGGAUGACGACGAAGAGGAUCAGGAGGCAGACGAGCUCGACGAGCAGGACGAACUCGAGGAAGAAGAGGGCGACAACUCGAGGGCGCCGUCUGCAUCCACGCCCAAGCGCCGCAGCAUCACCAUCAAGUCGCGCUCAUCGCGAGGCGGCGCAUCCUCAUCCGCCUCUCCCUCCAUGGACGGCUCGGCAAGCCCGCACUCGGGAUCGAGCAAGAUGGUCAAGCGCACCAGCCUGGCGCGCAUGGCGCACGUGCAGGCCAUGACGGUCGAGGAGCUCGAUGCGCUGCCCGCCGCCAAGCGACGCAAGACCGCCAAGGCGCGAGGCGCUGCCGGUCCCGGCCGCGGCUGGCGCAAGGGCCUCACCAAAGGUCAGAAACCCGUAUACGAGCUUCCGCCUGCAGAAAAGACGCCAGCUACGUUUGGCAACACGGCCAAUGCGCGCCCCAGCGUCCCCAAGGCCGAAACACCCACGCCGUCGAGCUUUGUGACCAAAUCCAAGCCGUCCUCCACGCUCGCCGCGUCCGCCGAGGCCAACAGGGCAGCAGCCAGCUCGUCGGCACCCACGGCUCGCGCGAGCGCAGCGACAGGCUCGGCAGCCGCCACCUCGAUCAAGAUCGUCGCAGGACCGGGCGGGCAUACGUUCACAGGCGAUCUGAGCGCCAAAGCGGGUACGGCCAAGAAUCCGGGCUUCAGGUAUCCGCCUCUGCCGUCGUCACGCGCCGGCCCGCCCGUCCAGCCACUGGCAAGGAUCCCGACGUCGUUCCAGUCGGUCAUCCCACUCGAACGCAAUGGCCGCCAGCCACGUCGCUGGAUCAAGGGCAAGCGCGAAAUCCUCAGCAUGGGCGGCAGACCUUGGAGCAUCCCCGUCCUGUAUGGUGGGGACGAUCGCGGAUACGAAAAGAAGAUCGACGCGGGCACAGGCGUGACGACAGCAGCUGGUGCGGUUGCAGGCGCAGCAGCCGGAGAGAAGAUUGCCAGCAAAGCAGGAACACCCGCAGCAGCAGCAAAAGCCAAUUCGCCGACACCCACACCCGUACAGACACCUACACCCCACCCGACAAGCGUCAAGCCACCGGGGCCGACCGAGGGAGCGAGGACGGGCUCGUCGCCUCUGCCACCGCCCAAGCAUCUUGGCGGUCUCAGUGCUGUACAGGCAGAGACCAACUGGCGCGGUCAGUCGCCUGCGUUUCUCUUUGGCGGACGAUGA